AUACAUAGUACGCCCUGGACAGCCUCCUUUUCGCUCCAAUAAUGUCCUGGAAAUUUGGGUCCCUAUUGCUCUAACCUUUCCUAACUCAUCUCGCCAGCCGACCCGCCCCGUAUUUUAUAAUUGUGCUUGUUAUUCGGUCCUAUUUGGCCUUUUUUUAUACCCGUGGGAAAAUUACUCCAAAUUCAAAAAAGAAAAAAAGAGAAAAAAAAAAUUCCAACAACCAAAAAAAAAAAAAUAGACGAGCUCAACACAAGUUCAAAUCGGCAGUUCUUCUCUUCUUUCCAACCUUCCCGAAGCCGUCGCAGAUCAUCAUUCCUCUGUUUAUGCGUUUUCCCCUUCUGGGUGACCUUCUUUGUCCGGUUCUCUCCCGGUUCCAGUAGUCGUGAAUCACCUACUGGUGUAACUCCUGUUCGCUUCCCCUCUCAAUCUCUCUCGCAACCACCCUUGUCCAGUGUCAUUCUUCCUUUCUCUCUCCUCGCCAAUAUCCGGACCCUCCCUGCGUCCUCCCCCCCAAUUCACACGAGAUCCCCAUUUCAUCAUGGGUCUUUUCAAGCGCAAGGACUCCAAAAACUCGAUCCAGACCGAGAGGGACGAACAAGAAUCAUUUGUAUCGGCGAACAGCGCUCGUACAUCGAAUGCCUCAUUGAAAUCUCCCGGUUUUAAGGGAAGUGGCAGUGGCUUGCCAGCUUCCAUCCCGGAAAUUUCGAUUGCCAAACCGCCCGACCCUGCCUUAGACCCUGCAGCCUACCUGCGAAGCAUACAUGCCGUUCGAGAGCGUUCUAGAUUCGUCUUUGGGAAGGCGAAAAGAAACAAGCUUAACCAUUUCGAUGUUGAUAUGAGCAAGUUCGAAGCCACCGCGUCCUACAUUGUAUCCAUCAUCAAGAGAGAUUAUGCGCCGGACUAUGAUUCGAUUCCUCCCCAUGGUCGCUGGCAGCACUUCGAUGUGGGUGGCCGACCCCGCAUCAAUCAGCUGCUGCAGUCCUGGCCUAGCACAAUCGAUGCGCAAGAACGAACUCGACGGUUAAUCGACCUCUUUGUCGUUUCCGUCCUUCUGGACGCUGGUGCUGGAACUAGAUGGUCUUAUAAAUCGAAGGAGUCUGGCAAAUUCUUCUCGCGGAGCGAGGGGCUGGCUGUUGCUACACUUGAGAUGUUUAAGAGCGGACUUUUCAGUAGUGAUCCCACCGAGCCAUGCCAGGUGGACGGCGCCGGUUUGAAGAAGAUCACGGUGGAACUGCUGGCUAAGGGCAUGCAACACUCGGAGAACAACCCAUUGGCAGGUAUCGAAGGUCGUGCCGGACUCUUGAUUCGACUCUCGGAGGCAUUGAACAAUCAGGAUUUCUUCGGGGUGGAUGCUAGGCCAGGAAAUAUGCUUGACUAUCUUCUCUCACAUCCCUCGACACAAGCUUCGUCAGUCCCGAUUAUUCCUAUUACCACGCUCUGGUCCGUCCUUAUGGACGGGCUGACACCAAUCUGGCCGCCUUCCAGAACACAGAUCGACGGCUUGUCGAUCGGAGAUGCUUGGCCGUGCUCUGACUUGCCUCCGUCCCCUCCCGCGCAACCUUGGGAGACUAUUGUCCCAUUCCAUAAACUCACACAGUGGUUGUGCUACUCCAUCAUGGUUCCGAUGUCGAAACUGAUGAAGAUUCACUUUGCCGGCAGCGAGCUCCUAACAGGUCUUCCCGAGUAUCGCAAUGGCGGCCUGUUGAUCGAUAUGGGCUUGUUAACUCUCAAGGAAGCUGAUGCUCAACGAGGCAUUGCUGCAUAUAAAGAGAACGCGCAGAUCAAGGGUCAACCAAACAUGGAAGUUGUUCCUCUUUUCUCUACGGACGAUGAUGUAGUUGUGGAAUGGCGCGCCGUCACAGUUGGGUUUUUGGACGAGCUGCUCGUGGCGGUCAACUCUCAGCUAGGAUUAGUUGGAGAGGACCAGUUAACCCUUGCACAGAUGCUCGAAGCUGGAUCGUGGAAGGGCGGCCGUGAGAUUGCCGAGGUAUCGAGGCCAAACACGAAGGAACCACCGAUUAUGAUACGCUCCGAUGGUACUGUUUUCUAAUGUUUAGCAUACCCUGUCGAUUCGUGAUACCUGACUCCGCCAGCUGUACCUGUUGAUGGGUGGCGGAAGUCCUUACGACUUUUUAAUGACCAGAUGCUUAUGUCUCCCGUUCUUUCCACUUCACUCCAUCGGCAUCUUUGCGAAAGGAGCUAUAUCUUCUGCUGUAGAGCUACUAUUUUGGGAUGGUGAUACAUUCUUGUACAUUUCUUUUUGGGGGGAUGUCUCAUAAAAGUACUGAUGACCUUGGGACUGGCGACAGAUUUACGUACUGCCUGCGAGCUGUGACCUGACGCCAUCCGCUAUCUAAUAUUACACGCAUUCUGUAUAUUCAGGAAAGCGAUACGGCCCUUUAGUCUGUGGCCUUGUUAUAACACGUCAAUCCAAGCAUAACUGACUUUUUGGAUCUUGAAGAGGGAAUCGCCUAGUAGGCGAUGUUCUGGAAAUGGUGGAUAGUCGGUCUAGAGACGAUAGUGUAGUAUAAUGAAA